CUACAGUCCAAUUAAAACCCGAAUUCCAUUUAUUUCAGAGUAAUGCAGGUUCAGACAACAACUUUCAGGGGUUAUUCUAGUCUGGGCUUUGCAGACAGCAUAAGGUUCAGAGUAAAACUACACUUUUUCUGCACCAUGAGGGUAUUUUCCACGUAAUACAGAUUCUCCCACACAGAUUAUUGGUCAUCUCAACAGACUGUUGAUCAUCAAUAAUUUGACAUCAAACUAAUAAUCUGACAGAUUAGGUUAGGAUAUUCCUGGUCUGUAUACGUUUCCCCCAGACACCAAUUAUUAUGAUGUAAUCUGGUUUGCUGUUUUGACCCGAUCAUCAGGGAAUUUGGACCUGAUUCUGAUAGUCUCUGCCAACAACAGCCAGGAGGAGCCCAUGAUGUUCAGAACCGAGCCUCUACAGAAGAACCCAAACAAGCUAAGGAGCCACAAACCCGAUCCUGGUACCGUCCGCCCAGCAGAAUUCAGCUGGGUCAGGUCCUCUGUCGAGGCUCGGUUCUGAAGACAGCUGCAGAUAACCAUUCGGUCCUACGUCGGCCCUCAGCCCCAAACUAGAGCCACAUUGCGGGGAUCCCGGCGGCCUGCUAGGAGCUGCUAGUGCGCAUGCGCACACGCUGGACGUUUGGCGCGCUGCCUCCGUACAGUCGCAGUGUGUGCGAGCAGGCGCAAAGCGCGGCCUCCUUCUGUGCUCGUCCUCGUCCCCAUAAACAACAACAAGAACAAACUGGACCCAUCGUCCGGCUCGGUCCGGUCCGGUCCGCUCGGGAGCCACAAACCCCGCAGCCCGGCUUACGAUGGCAGAGACGGUGAAGUACGUGGACGAGGAACACAAGAGCAUCUUCCUGAAACUGUUGAACGAGCAGCGGCUGGAGGGGGAGCACUGCGACAUUGCCGUGGUUGUUGAGGACGUCAAGUUCCGGGCGCAUCGCUGCGUGCUUGCUGCUUGCUCCAACUACUUUAAGAAGCUAUUCAAGAAACACGAGGUGGACAAUUCCUCAGUGAUUGAGAUAGACUUCAUCCGCUCAGAUAUCUUUGAAGAGGUGCUGAACUACAUGUACACAGCCAGGAUCUCCGUCAAGAAGAGAGACGUCAACCUGAUGAUGUCUUCAGGACAGAUCCUUGGCAUCCGCUUCCUGGACAAGCUGUGCUCACAGAAACGAGACGUUUCUUCAGAAGAAAAGGACAAGUUUCCAUUUGACAUAGUGAAGAUGGCGCUGCCGCCUGAAGCUCAGCUGGCUGCCGAUUCAGAGGUUCUGGAUGAGCAGGAUGACACACCUUCAGGGGACGAACUUGAAGACACAUCGGCCAGUCAGGAGCUAGACAAGUCUCCGAGUGCAGCACUGCGUGUUCAGGAGGCCAUCCUGAAGGAAUUAACCAAUGAGGAUGUGCAUAAGGUGUCCUGCUAUGACCAGGAUGUGGUGUCAGAGAUGGAGACGGAGCCUAAGGAUCUGGGAACGGAGCAUCACGCCACCCAGACUCUGGCGUUUGCAGACAGCAUAGGUGACGUGAAGGAUGAACAGGCGCCUGGCUGGUCCACGGCGGCUGGUGACAUGAAGUUCGAGUACCUGCUGUACGGACACCGAGAGCAGCUCGCCUGCCAGGUGUGCGGAAAGACUUUCCUGGAUGAGAGCAGGCUCAGGAAACACGAGAAGCUUCAUUCAGCAGAGCGGCCCUUCACCUGCGAGAUCUGUACCAAAGCCUUCACUACCCACGCUCACCUAAAAGAACACCUGAAGAUCCACACAGGCUUUAAACCCUACAGGUGUGACGUUUGUGGGAAAUCGUUUAUUCGUGCUCCAGACCUGAAGAAACACGAAAGGGUUCACAGCAACGAGAGGCCAUUUGCUUGCCAGAUGUGUGAGAAGGCUUUUAAACACAAGUCCCACCUGAAGGACCACGAGAGGAGACACAGAGGAGAAAAACCCUUCGUCUGUCCGUCCUGCACCAAGGCCUUUGCUAAGGCGUCAGAUCUGAAGCGUCAUGAAAACAACAUGCACAGCGACCGGAAGCAGCUCAACCCUUUGCAGAGUGAAACCGAGGCGCUGCAGGCGGCGGCCAUGGCGGCAGAGGAGCAACACCUGGAGAACAUCAGCUGCUCCUAACGGCCGGGAAAACGGCCGGAUCCGCUCCGGUCAUCCAAACCUCUUCACGCUGUGGCGUGAUGUGACCGACACGGCAGGCUUGUCUCUUCAAUCUGCGAUCCGUUUCUUUAGGAACAAACUGCUGGGAUCAUUUGGGAUUUAGGGGUGGUACGGUGCCAAAACGGGUUCUGUUCAGUUUCAUGAGCAGAGCUGUUUAAGACUGAGCUGCUGCAGCUCAGAAUGGACUCGUGCACCAUCAGGUGUGCUGGUGCUGCCCACACAUGAAAGACAAUAAACGGUUUUAAACUGCUUUCCA